GUGUCACAGAUCAGUAGAGGAAAAUCACAAGAAUCAUCUGGCAACACUGCGCGUGUGUUUACGCUCGUGUCGCUCGUCCGCUCGUCCCUCCUGUGGCAGACCCGGCAAAAUGGACGAUAUAGCACUGCGGGCGUCCGAUCACGUUUUAGAGGUGAUAUUUUCGUAUCUGGAUCUGCACACGCUAAGAAACUGUUCGUUAGUGUGCAAGCGGUGGCAUCGCUUCCUAAAUGACGAGAACAACGAUGUAUGGCGAAUGCACUGUAUACGAAGGCUCGCUCAGGAGGCCCUCAGCUCCGACCUGUUGUCAUCGGUGCCCACGUACAAGUCUAAGCUACGCGCGUUCUACCAUGCAUGGAAUCCGAACGAUUGCUCGCGGAAUAUUUACAUAAAGCCCAACGGAUUCACCCUGCACAGAAACCCCGUAGCACAAAGUACAGACGCGUGUAGAGGCAAGAUAGGUUUUCGACAUGGCCGUCACGCAUGGGAAGUUAUUUGGGAAGGACCGUUAGGAACAGUAGCAGUAAUAGGAAUAGCCACUAAGGAAGCGCCCUUGUUGUGCCACGGAUACGUAGCAUUGCUCGGCUCCGAUGAACAUUCCUGGGGUUGGAACCUCGUUGAUAACCAUUUACUACAUAAUGGGGAUCCACAGGGAAAUUAUCCUUUACUCAACAACGCUCCAAAAUAUCAGGUUGGGGAAAGAAUUAGAGUAAUUUUAGAUUGCGAUGAUAAUACAUUAUCCUUUGAGAAGAAUUAUGAAUUUCUGGGUGUGGCUUUUAGAGGGUUACCAGAUAAGAGAUUAUAUCCAUCAGUAUCUGCAGUUUAUGGAAAUACGGAAGUGUCUAUGGUAUAUCUAGGACCACCAUUGGAUGGCUAACACAUUACAUUAAAAAAAAAAGACAUAUCCUCAGAAAGCUCAUUUGAGGCUGUACAAUGCAUUCUUAAUGCCAAGUUCUCUGCACUAUACCGAUAUUGUCUACGUUUAAGUAGAGAAAGCACACGACGACAAACUGUACAAUAUUUACAGAGAAUGUGUGCCUGUAGAUUACUUGGUCAAUAUUGUAAAUAAUUGAUAUUUUAUUUCACUUAAAUUGUGAACUUCACUAUUCAUUUAGUUGAGAUAAUUAAAUCAAUCACUCGAUUGAUGUAAUUGAACGUGUUAUACAUGGAAGCUUUAAGUGAUACCAGUUUUUACAUAAUUAUGUACAUGAUAUGAUUAUACAUCAAAUUAUAUAUCAAAAUAUUUUAAUUAUUUUUACUAAAAUAUAUAUGUUAAAUGAAAGAUACUACAAAAUUUUAUUUAAAUAAAAUUGGAAUAAUUCAUAUAGUAUACAUAUAAAUUCGUCAUACUUGUUGCCUCCAUGUAGUAUUAUUUUUAUUUAUAUUACAUAAUUAUACACAAAGAUAAAAUAUCUGUAAUAUUUUAUAUUUACUACUUUAUAACAAUCAAAUUAUUUAUCUAAUUUAUCUAAUUUAUAUUUUCGAAAGAUUUUUUUCAAAAAGAAUUUUAUUGAAAUAUCCUUAAAUAAUUGUUAUAAAUAAUAUUUAAGUAUUUUUUGCAUUUAUUUGCAUUUGUUCCUUUGUGUUGUUAUAGUAAUCUCAGGACACUCGUUAUAAUGUUACUUUUUAUUGCUAAGAUUAAUGAACUCGUUAUAAUCUUCCUCAAUGCUCAUAGAAUACUAUUCUUUUUUAUAUGUAUAACUUAAGUGUGCUAUAUAUGUAUAUAUAAAUAACUUAUGUUAACUUAUGUCGUAAAUGAUACAUCACCUGCCAAAGAAAAAACAAUAAGAUAAUUGUUUUUUUUUGUAAAGCUUAAUGUAUGAUUUGCUUGUUUCUUGUGAUUUAGUAUAUAUUUCAUGUAUAGAAAACUUAGGGUUUUUACAAUGGAUUAUAUUUUAUUUACAUUACAACAAAAACUUUCAGAAACGAUUUUUCUUGUAAUAGUAUACAGGGUGUCCCACUUCAAGUGUUCAUUGAGUAUAGCUAUAUUAUUUUGUGUACAAAAUUAAAUCCUUAAACUAAUUAUGUAUCAUAAUAAAAUCAAAUAGUGAACUGAGAGGCUUUUUCAAGGCCUCAUUCAAUAGAUAUGAAAAUUAUUUGUCCUAAAUAAAUAAAUUUUACAUUUUCUAUUAUUUUCUAAAAAUAAUAGGAAUUUACAUGUUUUUAUAACACAUAAUUUCUUUGGAAAAAAUGCGAAAAUAAAAAGAAAAAAAUGUAGUAACUGUAAAGCAUUACUUGCAAAUACAAUGUAUAUUUUUCAUAUUUCUAAACAUUUAAAGACCUUAUGUCUUAAAUCACAAAAUGAUUUAAAUUCCAAGUCGUCAGAUAUGAUUCUAUUAUAUAACAAUUAUAAUGAUUUAUUAGAUUCUACAUUGCUACUGAAAUCUAAUAUCAUUUUAAUGCCUUGUGUAUAUAUAAAAUUGUAUAAAUUUUUAUGCCUAUUGUGGAUGAAUGAAUAGAACAAGAGAUACUACAGGAAGUUUAAAAAGCUGUCCUUUUCAUUUAUCAUCUAGUGAAUUUUUAUGUUGUUGACACACAUUUACACACACGAGAGAGAGAGAGAGAGAAGAGAGAGAGAGAGAAGAGAGAGAGAGAGAGAGAGAAGAAAGAAGAUAUAUAAAUGCAGAUUGUAUAUUACAAUCUGUGUUUAUAAAUAAUGCCGUUUUUAAUAUAAAAUUGAAUAUACUGAUGAUUAGGGUGAAACUAGGUGUGAUCAAUAAGACGAUUAUUUAUAAUGUAUAUAUUUAUUGUAAUGAUUGCGUUUGCUGUAUGUAGUGUUCGUGAAUUAGUUUUUCUAAACUUUUGUACAGAAUCGUGUACAUAGUGAUUAUAAAUAUUUGGAAAUAAACUUUAUUUCGUAU